CUAGAUCAUGAUAUGCAAACUAUGGAUGGUACUGUUAGGUUUUUCCUACAAAGGCUGGAUAAACACCACUUGACACUUACAAAAUAGGAAGUUCCGGGCAAGAAACAAAGAAAAUGUUCCGCUUGUAACACUACAACUUAGGCUGGGUUGAGAGCACACGCCGGGUUUCUUCAAGCAUGGUAAGUUCCACAUUUUAUCAUUAUUUUCAUCGCUUGUCCUAAAGUAGUUAUAAAAGCCAAAAGGAAUUGACUACCAUGUCUGCUUUGCAAACUCCUUGUGGUGACGGACAACGUCUGAGUUUUAGUUCCAUAUAUCUGAAAAACCAGCUAUGUGGCAUACGAAGCAACUACAUUCAUCUUUCUUUUUCCCCACCAGACCAGCUGAUGAAGCGGCACAAGCUUUGAGCCACUGAGCCAACCUUGCUCUACCGGGCAGGUUCCCUGUCCUGCCAGGUGGCACACCCUGCUGCAUGCUUUUGUACUUCCAAGCAGGCUCCGCAAACAAGUUUCUCAGCCCCAUGGCAGAUCCCCAGACUCUGGAUGGCAAGCCCAAUGUGAAGUCCAUCAUGGCGAAGUUUAGUAGCAACCCAGCCGAGGAGGUUAACAUGCGACAUGCCAAGGUUGCAGGACAGCCUUCAUCGAUCACAAAAACAGCCCUUGAGAAAUUUGCUCAAAUGGAAAAUGCUGGUCCUGCCAAACCCAUCAACUUUCCCAAACCUGCACCCAUGAGGCCUCCUCUGGGAACGAAACCUUCUCUUCAGAACACAUCGGACAAGAAUCUGAAGCCAAACUCUUUGAAGAGCAGUCCUGUGACCAGCAAAGUCGCUGCACUGGCUCAAGCAGCUAGCAAAGAAGCUAAUGAAAGACCUUCGUUCCCUAAGCCCUGGACCCCCAAACCUACAGAAGGACCCAAGGUAGGGGUUCAGAAGCCUCCCUGCUUGACACCUCAAAAAACAGAACUGAAGCCUCAUCUAGGACCUAAGCCAGGUUUUCUGGGAGAAUCCCAAGAAAGUGGACCAAAGCCUGUGUUUCCACAGGUAACUGGAGUUAAAGAAAAGCUUGGCCUUGCUGCACAGGAAAAUGACCCGAAACCUCUGAUAAAGCCACCUUCGAAGCCAAAGCUUGGCUUGCAUGCCACCAGCAAUGAUGAGCCCUCCAUCAAAGAUCCCUUUUUGAAUCGGGGAUCUCCAGGCUCCAUAGGUAUCAAAUCAAAAAUCAACUCUUUUCAAUCAGCCAGCGAGGAAAAGAAUGACAAAACUGAUUCUGCUACUGGCACUUUUCCGCCAUUGAAACCUAGUAACCUGGGUAACCUGUCUCAGGCCCUUCAAAAAUCUUAUCAGCCACAGAAUGAUGAAGCAAGACCAAGUUUCGCCAAUAAUAUUUUCAAAUGCAAUAUAGAGAAUUUGGAGUUGUCUUCUAAUAAGUUCAGUAGCUUGCCAAGAGUGGCUACAACCGGACCUUGGGCAAAUAACUCUGAAAAAGACGAGAAAGGCCAGACCCUGCCAAAACGAAAAGCAAUUCCUCCCCCAUUCAAGUUAGGUCCAGCCCCUCAAAAACCUAGCCGGCCUCCAGUAGUCAACCUGGAGAGAUUCCAAAAAAAUAAUGGAGAAGGCUCUAACAAACCCCAUUCCAUGGGUGCACCCCCUCCACUUCCACCACUCCUGUCUGUUACACAAGCUGGUACCCCACAACCAUCACCGCCAGCACCCUCUCUUCCUCCACCACCUCCUCCAGGUUCACACCCAUCAACACAAGCUCCAGUUCUUCCCCAAAGAAACAUCAAGCCCAGAAGCCAAGAAAUUGAAGAGAACUAUGAUGAUGUUGAUUUUGCUCUGGAAGGAUCUGGAAAUCUAGAUGAGAGUCAAAACAGCGAUGGGGAGAUGUAUGAAGACUUAGAGGACAUGAGACAUACAUCUAAAGAUGAAGAAAAGAAAAAAGAGAAAGAAGAAAGGAAAAAAGCUGAUCAAGAGAAGAAAGAACAAAAGGAAAAAGAGAAGAAAGAGCAGGACAUCAGAAAGAAGUUCAAACUAGUGGGUCCCAUUGAGGUCAUUCACCGGGCACAAGCUUGCACAGACUUCAAAGGAGGAAAGAAUGAUCUGGCAUUUAAACAAGGGGAUCAAAUUGAAAUAAUCCGCAUCACAGACAACCCAGAGGGGAAAUGGUUGGGAAGAAUAAGAGGUUCCUAUGGCUACAUUAAAACGACCAUGGUAGACAUUGACUAUGAUUCCUUAAGAAGAAAGCCACGACCCUCCAUCAGCAUUCAGCCAAAGCAUCCAGACAGUGACCAAGAGGUGUAUGACGAUGUUGGAGAACAGGACAGCAUAAGCAGUGGAGGUCAAAGUGCCACAGGAGGAUUCCCUCCUCCUCCUCCAGCUGAUGACAUUUAUGACGGAGUUGAGGAUGAUAUUGAUAUUCCAGCUAAGUCUGUGUCACAGGAUGAAGACAGGAGUGACUCCUGGCCCCGAGGCCUCUUGAAGAUUUUAAAGGGAAAAGAUUACCAAAAGAAAAGUGUACGAGAGUCAACAACUAAAGUCAAUGGGACGGAACAAAACAAAGGUUCCUUGAUACCUCCAGCAAAGCAAUCAGGGAAAGAUUCUGGAGAAAGUGAUGUCUAUGAUGAUGUAGAGCCAACUGACUUCCCUCCUCCACCAAAAGAACUUAGCAUAGGGCUAAACACGAAGUCCCUGAGCUUUGGGAAAGCCAGAUCAGAUGAUCGUGAUUCACAGAAGCUUAAAAAGAUGGAGAAAGAAGAGCGAGAUUUCCGGAAAAAGUUUAAAUAUGAAGGUGAAAUUCAAGUUUUGUAUAAAACAACCAUAUCUCAAGCACCAUCUCCAAAGAAAAGAGGAAGCAAAGACUUACCAGUUAAGCCAGGAGACUCGGUUGAGGUCAUUAAAAACGUGGAUGAUACUAAAGUCCUGUGUAGGAAUGAAGAAGGGAAAUAUGGUUAUGUCCAAAGAAGUUGCAUAAUGAAUGAAGAUGAAGAAAUCUACGAUGAUAUUGCUGAUGGCUGCAUAUACGACAAUGAUUAGCUGAAACAUCUUCCCAAUGUGAGGUUCUGGAUCUCUCAGCUGAUUUAAGACUGAAUUGUGUUACCUGAACUGGUUGUUAUAUAGGUAUGAAUAUAUUUGGUUAAGUUAUUCCACUAAUUCCUGGACUGUGAAGUAGAUCUCCCAAUGGAAACUGUUGUGCCUUGCUUUACUCAGCAGGAACCAGGGGCACACCUCCAAGGAACUUCCUCAGUACGAUGCAGAACACUCACUGUUAAAUCACCAAGGCAAUCAGCCAGUUCUCUCCCGCACACUUUUUUUUUGUUCUGCAAGAACAUACCCUCUUUUUUAGUGCCAGGAUGAAAUGAGGGACACUCAUAAGAACGUAAGAAAAGCCAUGCUGCAUCAGACCAAAGGUCCAUCCAGCCCAGCACUCGGUACAAGUGGUGGCAAACCAGCUGCCCACAAGAUCCCUC